AGAGCCUGGGGACACUGACCUGACAGAGGCUCCUUUGUGUUUCAGGGGGACGCUACGACCCUUCGCUGACCUUCUCAGAGAACGUGGACCUCACGGAGCCCAUCAUUUCCCGCUUCGACAUCCUGUGUGUGGUGAGGGACACUGUGGACCCUGUGCAGGAUGAGAUGCUGGCCCGCUUUGUGGUUGGCAGCCAUGUGCGACACCACCCCAGCAACAAGGACGAGGAGGGAUUGGCUGGCAGUGCCCAGGAGCCUGCUAUGCCCAACACGUACAACGUGGAGCCACUGCCACAGGAGGUGCUGAAGAAGUACAUCAUCUAUGCCAAGGAGAGGGUCCACCCAAAGCUCAACCAGAUGGACCAGGACAAGGUGGCCAAGAUGUACAGUGACCUGCGGAAGGAGUCCAUGGCCACAGGCAGCAUCCCCAUCACGGUGCGGCACAUUGAGUCCAUGAUCCGCAUGGCAGAGGCCCAUGCACGCAUCCACCUGCGGGACUACGUGAUCGAGGACGAUGUCAACAUGGCCAUCCGCGUGAUGCUGGAGAGCUUUAUCGACACCCAGAAGUUUAGUGUCAUGCGCAGCAUGCGAAAGACCUUUGCCCGCUAUCUCUCAUUCCGGCGAGACAACAAUGAGCUGUUGCUGUUUAUCCUGAAGCAGUUGGUGGCAGAGCAGGUGACUUACCAGCGCAACCGCUUUGGGGCCCAGCAGGACACGAUCGAGGUGCCUGAGAAGGACUUGGUGGACAAGGUAGGCCCGGCAGAUCAACAUCCACAACCUUUCCGCUUUCUACGACAGCGAGCUCUUCAGGAUGAACAAGUUCAGCUGCGACCUGAAGCCGAAGGUGAUCCUUCAGCAGUUCUGAGCCCUGGACUGUCCACAGUGGCUCUUGUGAUGACUCUGAGGACAUUACCCUAAGUGCCCAGUCACCCUCUCUUUUCUGGAUAUGGAACCGCACCUCCCAGGGACUCAGUAUGCUGGGGUCGAGGUUCGUGGCUGGAUCUCACCAGGGUGGCCUGGGCUGGCACUGUGACUUGGAACAACAGUGGUAGUGUCUCAGGCUCCACUUUCUGCUCCUCUCACCUUCCAGGUGGCAUUUUGCCAGGGUU